AUGCCUGAGACAGUCGGUUGCAUGCAUCUGCAGAAGGCCGGACGGCAGAGAUUCGUUGAUCGAUUUAAGGCGGCGACACAGAAGAAGACGGCAGCAGUUCGAGGAUGGUAUGAUAGACGAGGCCCAGGGAACCUCAAGUCAAUGGUCGAGAGUGAGUCGGAAGAUUCAGCUACCCAGAUUGAAGAGUUCUUUACUCACGGCGGCGUUGUAGAACUUCGUGGAUCGAAACGACGCCAACCAGAGAUACACAGCGAACCUUCACAAGCGGCUCUGUGCAACCCCGAAUAUCCUGAAAUCGUCUAUGAGAUCCCGCGCGAGGCCGGAUCGGUCAGCAGCCUUUCAACCAUGCUCCCGCGAGCGUCCUCAUCUACCAUAUCACUCCCAUCGACUUUCUCAAUGGGUUCAAUAAGCGCCGUCGAACCAGGAGCACCUCAGCCAUCUCUUUCAGGGCCUCAUUAUGUCAUUGAUACGCCAGAUGACUUUGAACGAUUCCGGUCGAAACUACGAAAUCAAGUUGAGCUGGAAUCUACCCCUGCAUCGCCCAAGGAGAAGCCCCGAGUUCACACGAAGGCCUUGAAAGUGGAUUCGACGCCAAUCCCGAUCGAGGAAGAACGGCCCAAACCCCAAUUCGAGGCAUAUGCUAGCAAACCAGACACCAACCACCAGAGCCCGGUCACGUUUCAAGCGUACUCGGCAGGCUCGAAGCCCAAACGUGGCCAUGUGAGUUACAUUCCCCCGAGCUUGCAAUCUGGGUAUAUCAAUGGCGUCCCACCAGCACUUCGAGCUGCGCACAACGCAGCUAACUCACAGGGCAAGUCUACGGGCAUGGCAGCUGGUCAUAGCGGUCAAAACUACUCGUGGCCCCUGGUGGAUUUUUACAAGGAGAUGUUUGUGAAUGCUGAUCCGUCACAAACCAAUCUUUCCGCUCGGUGUCAGGAACCACGCAUUCCAUCAAUGGAAUUCUCUGGGAGAGGACUGGAGGACGAGAUGAAGGCGGUACUGGACAAGUUCGACAAGCCAGUGGCCGAGAAAGAAGCGGUGCCAGUGCAAGAUCGAGCGUGGAUGUCGCCUAGCUCACCUUUGCACCCUACGGCUUACGAGAUGGAAGCUCGUAUUCCAGUAGUGCCAGCGAAAGCAGUGGAGGCCCGUUGCCAUCCGCGAGUUCUUACGGUGGGAGCAGCGCAGAAACAGGAGAGCACGACGAGCACCGUAUCUCGGCGGUCGGGUGAGGACCGGAGAGUCAAGGCUGGCGAGUACAACUGGCCCCGGUUUAGUGACGACCUUUUCACGGAUCCAGCCGAAGAACACUCGCGUCAAUAUCGGCGUCGGAGACGGGAAACAAGACGGGAUCUGGCGAGACGUGUGAAUUGUUAA